UUGCACAUAGUGUCAUUGAGUGUAUCUUUUGAUGAAGGUUCUGUCAUCCAUCUGUCCACCCGGCAACUUUUGUCUUCAUCUGGAAAACUAUAGGCAACUUUGGACUGGUCUAGGUACCUGGGUUGGAGUAACACUUCUUUGCCUCGUUAAUAUGGAUGUCCUUGCCCUACUUUCAAGAUCAUAGGGGUCAAAUCAUGUUCCAGAAGGUCCAUGAACUGAUAUUUUGCCAAAAACCGAAAACCCAAAAGGGUAAGCGGUUCUUGGAAGGAAGGGAACCAAAAAUUACAGAAAAUACAAAGAAUGCUAUCUUUGUUAAGGGUGGCAACACCAGUAUGACUGUUACCCAAGCUAUGAAAGAAUUGUAUCUCCUUAAGAAACCAAACGCAGUAUCCUACAAAAGAAAAAAUAUUUUACGGCCUUUUGAAGAUGAAACUCCACUUGAAUUUUUUGCCAAAAAGAGUGAUGCUGCCUUGUUUGCUUUUGGCUGUCAUUCCAAGAAGCGACCAGAUAAUCUUAUUUUAGGACGGAUGUUUGAUUUCCAUAUACUAGAUAUGUUUGAGUUGGGGAUUGAGAAUUUCAAGUCCAUGUAUGAGUUGCAGGGAGCAAAAUGCAACAUGGGUAGCAAGCCUUGUCUGCUGUUUGCUGGGGAAGCUUUUGACCAAGACUUGGAACAUAAAAGGUUGAAGAAUCUUUUUAUUGAUUUUUUCAGAGGCCCUGUGGUAAGUCAGGUACGACUCGCUGGCCUGGAACAUGUGAUACAAGUCACUGCAUUAGAUGGAAAAGUACAGCUUAGAAAUUACAAAAUUCUGAUGAAAAAGUCUGGCAGUAACACUCCCAGAGUAGAGCUCGAGGAUAUGGGCCCAUCCUUUGACUUUGUCAUUAGGCGGACAAAACUUGCCUCCGACGAUCUCUACAAGCGCUCACUCAGACAACCCAAGACAGCAAAGCCUAGAAAAAUCAAGAACAUCUCCCACAAUCCUUUUGGUUCCAAACUUGGCAGAAUUCACAUGGACAAACAGGACCUAGGGAAGUUACAGACAAGAAAGAUGAAAGGCCUGAAAAAGUCAAAGAGUUCCAAGUCGUUAGACAGUGUAUCAAAAGUCAAAGAAUCGAACGGUCCAUCUAGUGCAAAACGAGCCAAGAAAUCUGUCGACUGAUCUACAUUGUUAUUGAUUUGGAAAUAAGUGGCAAAGAGAUAUUAGAUGUGAAGCAUGCCUAGAGCUGAUUCUGAAGGAAAAAUAAAUCAGCCAGGUGAAAGAUAAUUUCGUAAUGUGAAUGACACAAAAAUAUAUGCAAAAUAGAUACCAACCUGUUUGUGUUCCAGCAUGACUGCUGGAAAAGUUAGGUAUGACAUAUAACCUAAUCCUCUUGGAUCAGAAUAUUAACAGACCACUACAGGGUCCGUCUGUCUCCGUGUAAUGAUACUGGUCAUGUGAAACAAGCCAAUCUAUUUCAAUGUCAGUAGGAGGAUAAUAUAAAGACCGAAGCAUUACAAUUUUUAGAUGAAAAUUGAAUCACUAGAAAUGAGAUCUGAUCAUGUUAAUUUUUGAGAGAAAAAAAACACAAAUUAAACAUCAAUAUUAUGUUUAGAUUUGAAUCUGUCAUCCUCUUGAAUAAUUCUAUUUUACUUCAUUAACCAAUAUCAUAUUUAUAUGAAUAAGGAUAAUUUUUUCAUAUCAUAUUUUCAGAUUUUAAAUUUCCUUUGAGUUCUGCUGUUGGGUUUAAGAUGAUAUUUGCAUGAAAUAAUCCCAAGACAAAGUGUCGUUAUUUUCCAGAUCAUUCGGAAAUCCAAGAUACCUCUCUUUUUGGUUACUCUCUUGAAAAUCACUUUCACACUUAUGAAGAACUUGUAUUAUGGUAGAAUCAAUAGAACAGAUUCACUGACACAAGCCACAAAUUUAUUUUUCACCUUGAUGGAAAGUUCCAAAUGUAGCCAUUUUGAAAUGUGAUUACACAGUCUGUUUUUCUGUGUUUUUAUUUCAAACAAACACAUUUCAAAUUUCUUUUUUUUUGUAUUUCAUUUGAUUCAUUUGGUACCUGUUGUUACUGAUGUACUUACAUACUAACUGAGGGACUCUGUUGAUAUUUGUGUUCUUACCCAGGGACUCCAGUUACCUUCGACAUGGGAUGAUUCAAGAUCGAAUGUUGUGACUUUGAACUGUCAUAGUCCAUAUUGGACAUGUUGUGUCCUUGUGUGUAUGUGUAUGAAUGCGUUUGAGAGAGGGAAUGUUUGGUUAUGUAGGUGUGAUGUGAGAUAUAUCUGUAUAUAUGACUGUAAUGAAAGAAAAUAAAAAUCAAUU